GCAUGAUGGCGGAUGAAGGUCCGAGAAGACGACGCAGAAGAGGUGGCAGAAAGGAACGUGAACGUGAUGUGAGUGCCUCUUCUACCAACUCCGCCUCAGGGGGAAUCAUGAGGCCCCCCAUCAUAUUAGCAAAGCCAAAUGCUGACAGGCCUAUAAAUGAUAACUUGAGAGGCCCAGACCAGCCAAGGCCUGUGGUGAUGUUGAAGGCAAGAGAAGACAGUAGACCCUUGGUGACAUCUACAAAUACUGCAACACAUAAUAUCCCAAGUCUUUUAGCAGGGGAACAUGCUCCAUCUCAACCUAUAUACCAGAUACAGAAGAAUCCUACAUUGCUAGACUCGGCACACCCCCGCCUGAAUUUCACCCCAGAGAUGAGCUCCAGCGUGAAAGUGAUUGAUGAAGGGUUCCAGUGGACUGAGAACGGAAUGGAGGUGCUGACAGAUAACACUGAUUUCUUUGUGAUUGGUGUGUUGGGGUUGCAGGGUGCUGGGAAAUCCACCAUAAUGUCGCUGCUAGCAGGAAACCAGCCAUCAGAUGAACACAAGUCAUACAUAUUCAAGCCACAGUCCAGAGAGGUCAGAGAAGUGUGUGGACACCAGACCACAGGAGUGGACAUGUAUGUGACCAGUGAGAGGACCAUUCUCUUAGAUUGUCAGCCUCUCCUGAGUGCCUCCAUACUAGACCACAUGGUCCACACAGAGAAGAAAUAUCCCUCAGAGUACAGCACUACAGAGAACUGUAUAGAGAUGCAGUCCCUUCAGCUGAUGACGUUCAUGAUGACAGUGUGUAAUGUGGUGCUGGUGGUACAGGACUGGUUCACUGACGCCAACCUCCUCAGAUUGUUACAGACAGCAGAAAUGCUGAAACCCCCGACCCCCUCUCCUAGUCAUGACAUCCCACCAGAUGAUACUCCAGAGUAUUAUCCACAUAUAGUUUUUCUGAACAACAAGGCAAGCAGGCAAGACUUUGGUCUAGAUAGCUACGAUGAGAUGCAAAAAAUCCUCAGCAAAGCUCUGCAACAUUCAAAACUUAGGUGUAAGGGUUCUCUAUCAAUGACCAGUAGCAACAUGUUCCCAGGUCACAGCCAGGGUCAAAGGUCAGAGGUUAACCUCUACCUCUUACCAAGUAUGCAGGGUACCAAAGAACAAGGCAACAUCUUGACCCUCCUGCCAGAGUACAGAGGUUACCCUAGUUUUGAACUUCUCAUGAAGACACUGAGAAACCAGCUUCUCUCCAUGUCACGUAGUCUCAUCACCAAUGUCACCAUAUCUGAGAAGUAUUGGUUUCAUUAUGCUAACAAGGCAUGGGAGAGCAUAAAGAAGUCUCAGUUCCUCUCAGAGUACAACAGGCUCCUGCCUUGAUGUCACACAGUGACCUUGGCAACCAAUACCAUGCAUAGUUACCGUGGACAAACUACCAUGGAAACCAUGUUGCUGCUCAGUUACCAUGGACCAGUUGCCAUGACAACCAUAUGUCUGCAUAAUUACCAUUGGCACCCAAAGUGCUGACAGAUGUUCAGUUCAUAUGAAUCAAGGUAGCUACCAGAAUGUUUCAGAUUUAUUUUCUGGGAACUCAGGCAGUGGUUGUAGGGUUGUGCAAUCACAGUGGAAAAUUGUUUAUUUUUGAUCAAAAAUGAACAAAACAUUUUCCUCCUGCGAGAGACUGAAAAGUGACUGCCAUGGUGCUACUUUGUAAUGUAUCCAUGUAUACAAAAUUGCCAAUCACUUGUUAAGUCAGACAUGCUGGUAACCCAAAAACUAUAACAUCAGUUGUGGAGAAACAAUGGCAUAACCAUCAGUAACCAGUUAAAGUGAGGCAGAGGUAAUUUUGAUGAAAAGUGGCCUGAACCUUUGGAAAUAAUUCUAUAUUAGAGAGAAAACGGUGAAAGUAAAAGAUUUGUGGAAUACAUGUACCUGCAUUAAGUCCGUUGGAUCAUGUCCACUUACUGUUGUUUAUCAGUAGGUUACUUGUGGUGUGUAGGAAAAAGAUUGGUGGUUUUUACAGAUUGUCAAGGAAAAUGAGCAAAAUAUCAGAGAAUUGGACUUUUCAUUUCUGAACUCCUGCCUAAGGCACAUGUGUCAAAAUAAAGAAUCUUUUUCCAAUUCAUGCCCCUGUUUUCAUGUUUUGUGAGUGAGGGGUUAUCUUACAUGUACAACACCUACCUUGCCAAUGAAAUGUGAAAUAAGAUAGUAAUUAUGGCCAAUGUUCUUGAGGUAUAACUGUAAGAAUAUUAGGAGAGCUUUCUAAUUGGGAAAGUAGACCAGGCAUUCAAGAUUUUG